CUUUGCUGAAUUCAGAUUUUUUUCUUUAUUUGUUUCAUUUUAUUUUGUUUUUUUUUAACACGUAUGCUAUACUAUUGAACAAAAAUCAUUAAAAAUAAAAGAAAUAUAAAAACUGUUGUCGCUUUGCAGAGAUAUUAAGAAAGAAUCUUGAGUUACUGAGAUGUCAUCAACCCCAAUGGCUUCCUUAACAGAAUCAAACACUUUAGAUUUCCCUGACAAUCACACUAAAACGUCAGCAAGUUUGAGUGAUUCAACAAGCAAAGUUAACGAGCCUUUACAGAACCUUCACUUGGCAUCUCAUGAGGUACUUGAAAGAGCGCAGACGGCUGGAAGAUCAAAGUGUUCAAAAUGUAGUGGCUCAAGGAUGUUUUAUUGUUACACGUGUUGCUCUUUAGUAGGAGUGAGCCAGGAAGAGAUCCCCAAAGUCAAGCUUCCACUGAAGAUCGAUAUUAUCAAACAUCCUAAUGAAACUGAUGGUAAGAGCACAGCGGUACAUGCUAAACUCAUUUCACCAGAUGAUGUUAGUAUUUAUACAUACCCCUGCAUUCCUGAAUAUGAAGAUAAAAGGCACGAAGUUGUGUUAGUUUUCCCAGGUCCAGAUUCAGUUACAGUAGAAGACAUUACCAAUCGGCUUUUAAGGCUUGCUGACAGGGACUCUCCGUGUCUCCAAGACCACCACAGAUCAGCAGAAGAACCUGCUCCUAAAAGGAUGAAGCAAGACACAACAGCAGAAGAUGGUGAAGUCCCUUCUCCGAAGAAAGAAGCAGAGCAAGGGAGGCAUAAGCACCUUCUGAAAAGAGUUGUGUUUAUUGACAGUACCUGGAAUCAGACCAAUAAAAUAGUUACUGACGAACGACUUCAAGCUUUGCUUCAAGUGGAAUUGAAAACAAGGAAAACCUGUUUUUGGCGUCAUCAGAAGGGAUCCCCUGAAACGUACCUCUCCACUAUUGAGGCUAUUUACUAUUUCCUGAUAGACUUCCACCAGCAGUGUUUAUCAGAAGAAUAUCACGGAGAAUAUGACAAUCUCCUGUUUUUCUAUUCAUACAUGUACAAGCUCAUCAACAAAGCCAAGCAUGCCGCUGGGAAACUUUGACUUCAUAACACACUAUACUGCAGGUGCCAGCUUUAACCAGUCUUGUUGAAUAAUGGAUUUUCAUUUUCAACUUUUUUUUUUCUUUUUUUUUUUUUUACUGGUUAAUUGUAAGCACACAAGUGACGCAUUCCUUGUAAAAUUCUAACUAGUUAUCAGACAUUGAACAUUGUAUAAACAGUUGCUAUCAGCAUUUUACAGAUUCUGAAGAGGGAUAAAUACAAGCUGAUGAAGGAAUUACAAUAAUGUUUUUAAAGAGCUCCAAAUCAGGUUUUCGGUGUGUGUCAUUUGAUUAUAGUGCCUGGGUGUACUGACCCAGUAGGAUUAAAAGUCAGUUUGGGACUGUGAAGAAUGAUGGGUGGGUAUUGCAGUACAGAUGUUUAAAAAUAAUAGCUAUGAUUAAUACAUGGUCAUACCCACAAUAAACACAUCUUUUAUAAUGAGGUUUACAUGAGGUUUUGACAUCACACAAGGGAUGAUGCAAUACGUAUAAACGUGGUAGUGUAUUGAGGUGAAUGCCUCACACAGUGUUCUGUUUUGAAUUAAAAUAAGGUCAUCAUCUUUCAAAUUAAAUUCAUUUUCCCUCAUUAAAUGUUACAGGCCACCAUAGGCAACUAUCAAUCACUCAAACAAGAAUCGCAUUAGCUCAUGUAAAAGGAUGGUUAGUGGGUUUAAAAAAAACAUUUGAACUUUAAACUUUCAAAGUAUUUGUUUAAUUUAAGUCAGGUUCACCAACUGUGAUCAGAGCUAAAUUGCACAUACCUGUAUGCAUUUUUUAAAAAAAAUAUAUGCUAGUUACUUGUAACGUUCAACAGAUUUUUUGUCCAUUUGUCUAGGAAAGUCAGAGUGAUUGAGUGGUUGAUAUUUUGUGACAAUAGGGUACUAAACAGCUUAAUAGCCCUUUGUUUAAAAUACUUUUGCCUUUUGAAUCGGUGGUUGAACUUGUGCAUCACCUAAAGCCGUGCUAUGCUUGAGUUGCACUCCCAUUUAUUUUUAAUCUUUUCAAUAUUAUUCCUGUCAAAUCUUCUUGCUUCCUAACAUCGCUUAGUGCAAUUUCCUAAUGUACAGAAAAUGGGUUUUGUUGUAGUGUCUGCCGGCAUUGUUACAACUGAUGUAAGUUUCAAAUUAUAAUUUUAACCUACAAAUAUCACAUACAAUGCAAAGCCUGUAACUUUAUGAGCAAAACUGGAAGACAAGUGAAUUAUUUAAUGACAGCUUCCCCUCUACCUUUCCUUAUUUAUUUCUC